UGUUUCUUUUUUUUAAGAGAAGUUUAAAUUUUUGGUUGUGAUUGUAUUGAAAAUUUUUUGAAUUUCUGUGUUUAAAAUAAGUAUCAAAAACAAACAGUUCAAUAAAAGCAAAAAACCUAAAAUAAAAAGAAUUAUAAAAACAUAUAUAUUUGUAUAAAUAUAUACAUUAUAAGUGGCUGCCGUUGUAUAACAAAACAGCCAUCUAAAAAUGGCUGAAGAUUUAAUGGUAGUUUUAAGACGAAGUGAAAUAUCUGGCUUUGGAUUUUCAUUAUUGGGUGCACAUGGAUAUCCUCAUGUUAUUUAUGACAUAAUAGAAAAUUCUCCAGCAGCUGAGUGUGGCAAGGUAGAAGCUGGUGAUAUUAUUGUUAAAGUUAAUGGUACUGAUGUACAUCGUUAUACAACAAAGGAAGUUUUAAAAUGUUUACGGCUUUCUGACGAUUUAGUUACUUUAGAACUUAAAAGAGAUCCAAACAUAAAAGCUAAAAUUAAAGAAUAUUUAGCUCGCACAAGUCAUAAUAUACAUAAUUCGGAUAUAGAACCAUUGAACUUAAAUAUAUAUGAUAUUAAAUCAUCAUCAACAAAAACUCGUAUUAAGGACCAACAUCAACAACAGUCAUCAGAAAAUAUAAAUUUAUUAAAAAAAUCCCCAACAUAUAGUUCAAGCUCUAGUUCAUCAAUAGGUGGUCCACCAACAAAUUUUCAUCAACAACAGCAGCAUCAAUCACAACGUGUAUUAAAUUCACCGACUAAUACCGAUUCAUUGAAUCGUCCAUCACGCAUUCCAACUGUUGCUAAGAAAGCAUCACAAAAAAUAAAUCAAAAUCAAUCACCACAGCACAAAAAACCAAAACCAUCUCAAAUUCCAGCAAAAGGAUCAAUUUCUAAUGCAUUAAUUUCAUCGCAUCAUCAAAUUAGUAAUCAACAACAGCAACCAUCAUUUGGUAAUAAUGGAUAUAAUAGUAAUAGUGAAAGAAAUAAUUUAAUAGGUAGUAAUAGUUCAACAACAACCUCAGCGAAUUCAGUUAAUACAUUUGCCAAUAAUACUCAGCAGUUUCAUAGCUUUUCGCAACAACAACAACAGCAACAGCAGCAACAAAACGAACCGGCCUCCCAAAGGCCGGGGAAAGCUCGGUUUGAAGCGUACAUGAUGACUGGUGACUUAAUACUAAAUAUAUCAAGAACUUCGCAAAGCUCUAAUCUUAUUGGAACACACGCUAGAAAAGUGGAUAGCCUAAGGGACUCCCCAUCAAGGCAAAGGCCUCAACUUCAGCGGCAGCAGCAUCAGCAGCAGCAACCAAAUGGGGCGUUAGCGCCACGUGCAUCUGGCGAGACAACACCAAGUUCAUCCUCUCCUUCAUUAUCAGAAAGUUCAGAUUCUAUUAAAAAUUAUAUAAAAAAUAGGGAUAAAAAUAAAAAUAGUGAUAAUAGUAACAAUAGUACUAACUGCAGUAGUCAAGGUAGUAAUGGUUUAAGUGAUAAUAAGGAUGACGAUUUUACACAAGAACAAACGAACAAUGAAGAAGAUAUAUUAAACGAACAAGACGAAGACGAAGAAGGUUGCGAUUAUGAUGGCGAUAACGAAUAUUCGCAGCAACAACAAAGUAAUCAUGAACAACAACAUCAUCAUCACCAUCACCAUCAUAGACAGGAAAUAAGUUCAAAGAGACAAAACUCAUUGCAACAGCAUUUAAUAAAUAAUGAUGCCAACGAUGAUACAAGUGCCUGUGUUACAUUCUCUUCCUCGUCAAACAUAAAUCGUGAUUGCUUAGAUAGCUCUUCUGUAAAAAUUAAUUCACAAAACCAAAAACCAUCGGAAAAUUUUGGUGCUGAAAUAAGCGUAAAUAAUUCUGUAUUUGGUAGCGGCGGUAGCGGGGUUUUAACUGGCGAAACUGUAAACGUCGACUCGCGUCGCCAACAUAGAUCUUCAUCAUCUUCUUCUACAAUAAAAAGCGAUAUUGUUAGUACACCAGAAGAAACAAGUUUUUCUGUGCCAACUUCUCCUGUUUCUUUAUCAACUCCAUUGUUGGAUAAUAAAGAAUCAGCAAACUCUUUGCCCACUAGCCCAGAACAAAGUGCUCCAGCUGAAAUUGUAGUGCGUCGUCAACACAACGGAGUUAUUGUACGUAAAUGCGAUUCAGCUGGUUUCAGGACAAGUAAAUCGGAAGAUCAUCUGCAACAAGCUCAGCGUGAAGGUAUUGGUGCUGUUAUUCCAAUUGAUAUAGAUGAAGAUGUUAAUAGCUCUCUUAAUACAUUAUUAGAUACUCAUCAAGAUUCAGAAGGUUCACAGACUUCAAUUCGUGAUCGUAUUGUUUGGACAUAUAACGCUCCAGUACCACAUCCUGUUAAUCAAUCAUCGCCAAAUUCUCAUUCAAGUUCAAUUAGUACAUCUCCACAGCAUACCACUGACAGCCCACAAUCACCAACUUCUGUAUCUAGUUCAGUAAUGUCUUCGAAUUCCGGUUCAAAAGGUGGACAUGCAAUAGGAGUUGGUGGUUACGCCACUUCAACAAUCGGCGGAGCUAAUCAUAUUCCAAUAAAUAAUUCGAAUUCCGGCACAACUGGUGCUGGAUACCAUUUAAGCCGAAAUAGCAGUGGCAACAAUCAAGCUUUAACAACAGGUGGAAAUGGAACUGGAUUCCUUAGUUGCCCAACCAAUGGUGGUGAUCAAAGUGUGUCAGAGGCUGUAUCAAAUAUUUCAAGUCCAGAUUAUCAGGACGAUGAUAAUCUUUUAAGUUCCAAGGAUUUAAUGGGGUUAUCAUUAAGUGACCCAAGUGAUUCAGAUUCAACAAUAUUGGUAUCAGAUGCAAUGCAACGUAAACAGCAACAGGAGAAAAAUGCAAGCAACAAUAAGCAGGAACAACAUAAAUUAGUUAUUCAAGUUAAAGGACUAAACAAUAGUGAAGGAAGUGGAAGUAACAUUCGUAUGAAUUCUGAACUUAAAGACUCCGAGGAUGAAUUAGCAACUUUGACUGAAGAACCUCCAACAGUUAUACUUGGUGGCCAAGAUACGAAAGAAUCUUCUCCACCUGUUUCAGAUGAUGGUAGUGAUGUUGACUCGUUACAUUCAUAUCACUACUCGCCAAAAGCUGUCGAUAUGCCAUCGGCAAUUCGAUUAGCAAAACGACUGUAUUCCUUAGAUGGUUUUAAGAAAAGCGAUGUUUCAAGGCAUCUUGGUAAAAAUAACGAUUUUAGUAGAGCAGUUGCAGAUGAAUACCUUAAGUAUUUUAAUUUUGAUAAUAAAACCUUAGAUCAAGCUUUAAGAGAAUUUUUAAAACAAUUUUCGCUUUCUGGUGAGACUCAAGAGCGGGAAAGAGUUUUAGUACAUUUUUCAAAGAGAUAUUUAGACUGCAAUCCCGGAACUUUUAAUUCACAAGAUGCUGCUCAUACGUUAACAUGUGCAAUUAUGUUAUUAAAUACGGAUUUGCAUGGGCCAAAUAUCGGCAGGAAAAUGACUUGUACUGAUUUCAUUGCUAAUUUAGCAGAAUUAAAUGAUGGCGAAAAUUUCCCGAAAGAUGUUCUUAGAUAUUUAUAUCAUGCUAUCAAAAGUCAACCAUUAGAAUGGGCUCUCGAUGAAGAUUCUCCGGAGCAGCCAAAAUCGCGAAAUGAUGGUAACCUAAAUUCUACACAAGUUGGUAAUAAUCCAUUCCUUGAUGCUCCACCAUCAUCCGCUGCAAUCGAAUAUAAAAAAGGAUACGUAAUGAGAAAAUCCUGCUAUGAACCAAACUAUAAGAAAAAUUGUUGCGAUUUCUUUCUAGCACCAUUUGGGAAGCGAUCAUGGAAAAUGUUUUAUUGUACUCUACGUGAUUUAGUAUUAUAUUUGCAUAAAGAUGAGCAUGGAUUCAGAAAAAGUCAAAUGUCUGAUAAUUUACACAAUGCUAUCCGAAUACACCAUGCCUUAGCCACAAAGGCAAGUGAUUAUACGAAAAAACAGCACGUAUUCCGUUUACAAACAGCCGAUCAGUCUGAAUAUCUUUUCCAAACAAGUGAUUCAAAAGAGCUGCAAUCAUGGAUUGAUACGAUUAACUAUGUUUGCGCGGCAUUUUCUGCUCCACCAUUAGAGGGUGGUGUUGGUAGCCAAAAACGUUUUCAAAGGCCGUUGUUGCCCAGUACUCAUACAAAAUUAUUAAUUAAAGAACAACUAAGAUCUCAUGAAGAGCAAGUAACUCAAUUAGAAAAUACAUUGACCGAACAUAAGAAAGGACCCAUUCCAAAUAAAGGACUUCCACUACAAAACUAUAAAGAAAAAGAAAACUAUUUAAACUAUGAACUGAAAAGAUAUAAGACGUAUGUUAGUAUAUUGAAUGCAAAAAUGAUAGCUGAUCAACAAUUAGAAAUGCAACAACAAAAUUGUCUACUAGACGAACAAUUUAAUUUAGCUCAAAGAAAUUUAGGUACCGCAAUCGGUAACACAAGUAGUAUACCAGUUAAUAACAUAUUACAACAGCAAAUAUCUGAUGCACAACAGCAGCAACAACCACCAAGUGAUUCGAAUAAUAGUAGUGGAUUAGGAAACAGGUAUGGAUAUAGACCGAAUAUCUAUCGUACUUCUGAUUCACAACAAGACAUUGGCUGACGUGUAAUGGGGGUUUUCUCAGCUUGUGUGGUUUAAAUAGACUUAUAAUUUAUUGUGCUGUUUUGUACAUUGCUUCUAAAAAAAUUUUAUUUAUUUAUUUCGUUUAUUGUAUUCAUAUGUGUUAUUUUUAAUGAAAAAUUUUAAUAAAUAUUAUUUUUGUUUGUUUAAAUUGGUGGCAUAUACAUUAUAUAAAUAUCUUCAUUUGACAUUAUUUAACACUUUAUUAAUUUUUACACUUAUUAUUUUUAUCUUUUAUUUCUUCAUACUAAUUAAAUAUUAUUUAAUUUAUAAAAUUCUCAUAAAAUAUAUAUAUUUCACUGUAGCUUUGUGGUUGUAUUAGUUUUAUAAAAUAUGUAUAUUUUUAAUAUAUAAAUUUACUAUUGACAAAUAAGUAUUGUAUGAAAUAAACAAUAUUUUAAUUAGGUUUUAUUUAAAAUAUUAAUGAAUACAUGAAAUUUUGAAUUACAUAGUAGGAGAAAAAUUAAUAAAAAUAAGAUAUAAAAAUAUUGUAUGUAGGAAUAUAAACAGCUACAUAUUAACAUAAAAUACUUUUCGCACUCUAAUCGUCACACACCUUAAUAAAUUAAACAAAAUAGCAGCUAAAUAUAUAAAAAUAUAAUUCAUUUUUACUUUAUUUUUGCAAAACGCAUACUAAUAAACAUUAGGUAAAUUAUGAAAAAUAACAAAUCAAUUUGAAAUUUGACUCAUUUUUACAGUUUUUUUUGCAGCGCAUGAUUUUUAUGUAAUUAAAUCAUUCUUAAUAAAAAAUUAAAGAAAAAAUUAUGAGCGCUAUAAAUACAAAUUUCACGCAAUUUAUAAAAUUUAAUAUAAAUACUUUUUUCCCCUAUAUUUUUGUAUUAGAAUUUUUCAAUAUUUAAAAUUAUUUUCCUAUAUAAAAAUUAAAAUAUUUAUUAUCCUCGAAUUUUUGUGUUUCAAAUCUGAAAACUUUAUAUAAUCUGAAAUUUUCAUCCUCAUUUUUUUUUUAUAUCUUUUCACAG